AUGGCUGACAAACCUUCACCCACUCCGGCUUCCUAUCACAGCAACAAGCAGAGUAGUCCAAGCCGGCUCAAGUGGAAGGCAGUCGACGUCAACAAUCUCGGUACGCCUUUGAAGCCCGACGCCGAACUUGACAGGAAACUCGAGGUCUGGGAUAGCAUGGAUUGCAGUCUUCUCGUCAGUCUGGACGAGUUUGAGAAGAAGGUUCUAUGGCCCAAGACCAAGGGUGACUUCCCCGAGCCAACGUCAGAGGCCGUAGCCGUCAUGUCGGAGGUUGUAAAUGAGCUCUUCGCAGACGGAGAGCGGCAUCAAGUAUCCGACGAGGAUGUAUUUGCAAGGGCCAUGGUCGACCGCGUCUUCGAGAAGAUAGCCCUCCCCGGUGAUCUUCGUGCAGCACAUUCACAGUACAGCUACCACAAAACAGACCCCACGAAAUCCAAGGUCGAUGCAGCCUUGUAUCCGGAGAAUGUGGUCCCACAAAAUGGCUGUCCCGACUGGACUCAUCUCCGGCUCUUCAUCGAAUUCAAGAGGGGCGGGACCGCCAAUGACCCAUUCGAUGACAAGAGCGAUUAUCCGGAGGCCUGGGCGCAGUCACGGCAGGCAGUGCGGGGACAGCUAAUCGCGUACGCUUCCAACACCUUCAAGUACCAGCAUCGCACGGCACUGUACUCGCUCCUAAUCAACGGAGAUGAGUUCAGGGGCAUGUACUGGGAUCGAUCGGGGCUCAUCGUUACCAAAGCGACGAAUUAUGUGGAGGAUCCGCGUUUGCUCCUCCGCUUUCUCUGGGCGUUCGCGAGUCUUUCGAAAGAAGAACAAGGCAUCGAUCCUAGCGCAACACUGCUUUCGGCAUCCUCUGAAGACUACAAGCUCAUGGACGCGUGCGCACUCGAAAACACAGCUCUCGAUAUGCCUUUUCAUGAAUUCGAUGACCUCUCCAAAUUCCCCGACUACGAUCCCCACGCUUUUCUCGGCCCGGCGGCGGGUACGCGGCGGAAAAAGAAGCAGCCGAUGUAUCCCGUUUUCAAGUUCGUUCGUGAUGGUUUCCGAGAGUCUCUGGCCGAAGGGUGGCCGCGGUACAAGCUCUUAGUGGGCGAACACGAUCGCGAAUUCCUCGUUGCCCAACCGAGGUUCACGGCCACCUCCAUGUUCGGUCGCGGAACCCGGGGCUAUAUCGCUUGGGAUGUCACCGGCAAAAGAUUCGUCUGGCUGAAGGACUCUUGGCGACCAUUUUACGAGGGCGUAGAUCCCGAAGGUACAUACCUCGAGACAAUGGCGUCGAAGCCCAACCCGCAGUUGGUUAUCCCUACUGUGGUCGCACACGGCGACGUGCUCAAACAAACAACCUUUGCUGCGGAGUAUACCACGUCUGUACAGGCCCAGCCCGGUGAACCUUCUGCAGCGGAUGUGCCAUCCGGCGACUCUGCGCGUGCCAAUGGGAAGAAACGCCCUAGGGAAAACGAGGAGAAGUUGGAGGAGUCGGAGGAAUCUCGACUGUUCAUCCACUAUCGCAUCGUCAUGGAAGAAGUAUGUCUCAAAAUGGACGACUUCAUGUCCGGCAUGCAGCUGGUCCGGUUGAUCUUCGACUGCAUCCUCACGCACUCCAUUGCAUACGAAGAGUUCGGUCUCCUCCACCGUGACAUCAGUACCGGGAACCUCCUCGUCUCACCCGGAAUCAAGAAGACCCCAGACGGGGGCAAAGAGGUAACUUGGCAGGGCCUCCUGACUGAUUGGGAACUCGCCAAGUACGUGCCAAAGGAUAGUUCAGCCCAGCGUGCUAGGCAACCGGAACGGACGGGGACAUGGCAGUUCAUGUCCGUGUCGUACGUGAGGCAUCCUGACCGUCCAGUUGGGGUUGCAGAUGAGAUGGAGUCGUUCUUCCACGUGCUCCUUCACCACUCUGUUCGCUAUCUUCGUCACUCCCUCGGCGGCCUCGUCAGCGACUUCAUCAUGAGCUACUACGACACCUUUCAGCAUCGGGGGGACCGGCCCAACUGGACGCGAUGCAGCGCCACGAAGGUCCAGGCGGUCACGGACGGUAAAAUCUGCAUCGACGAGACACAUCUCCGAUUUCACAACAAGAGAGGCAAGCCACAGCAUCCUCUCAACGACCUCCUCGCGCUCUGGCUUCCUUUGUUCAAGGCCCGUUAUAAACUACUUGAUCUGGAGGACAGCAAGCCUUCGCAACCCGCAGUCCAAGAGCCCCAAGAAGCAGACGAUGAAGAAUAUGCCGUAGAGGACGUCGCAGCAAGGUAUCGGAACCUGAAAAAGAUCGCCAUCACCGCACCCGCAAAUAUCACCAAGGAUUCCUCGUCCGAUCCCGAGACGCUGAAACAGGUGGCCGCGCAGCUAAACACACACGAGCAGACCAAGGCGAUGUUUUUCUAUCAUCUCUCGGAAAAGCGAUGGCCGGCAACUGACAAAGUGGGUGACCAGCUUGGAAAGGACUACAACCCCAAGAAGCACUUUGCCACCAUGAAGUCGAUGGUGGCGUCUGGCCUCGCUAGUGGGCGAAUCUCAACAGCUUCGUCGAAGAAGCCUAAGCUCGAUCCCAGCGUAGCUCAGGCCGCAGCCUCGGGCUCGGGAACUGCGCCGGACGCCACUCCUUCUCCAGACGUCCGCCCGCCGAAGUCGUCGAAGAAGAGUCUUAAAGUGAUCCGUCGGGGUGUCCAUCGAGCUCGGAAGUAG